AUUACAAAUAGUUUCCAGAGUGGAUUCAAACCGAGGUCUGGAAAAGGUUGCCAUUGUGUAGAGAACAGCAGCUGGAGCCCAGACCGUUUCAACAUCACGUCUGGUCCUCUGCAGUCAGUCACCCAUUCUCUGGAAACUCACUGGAUUCUUGUGGCAUUUUUACAGGCGCAUACCUUUGCUUCCAGUUCACGUAAACACAUUAGCUGAACAAACGGUCUUGCAUUAGGUUUGGAACGUCUAAUGGGCCCAAUGCCGCGAGAAGCUGACUAAAUAAUGUUAACCUUUUGGGUCAUAAUUUAAUUAAUCUAAAUGGUUUGUGAAAUUUGCUGUAAUAAUGUACGUUUGAAGGUUUGUGGUUUAGACCUGUUUUGUCAUAGAUAUUUGUGAGAUGGAUUUGGAUGUUGCGCAUCUUUGUUCAAAUGACGCCUGCCAUUCAUUCAUAAUACGCUUUACAGAACAGAUGAUUGGACCUAUAAAAAUCUCCAAGCGUGGCUUUGUGGGAGGUGGAAACAACAUCCCAAACACAUGCGCAAAUGACGGGGUUUCCUGACAUGUGAGGCAGGAAUGAGAAGAUGUAGAGAAAGUUUGUUGAGUUUGGGUCACCGCUGAGCGCUGGCGUAGGGGAGUGGACGAAAGAGGACCGCUGAGAGAGAGGGGCAGAGGAGAAGUCUGGACCAAGCAGCGCUGAGAGAAAGUGCGGAAGGACUCACGGAGGCAGCCCAAAAUGGGAGCAGCUGUGCGCUCGCUGACUCUGCUCGCGCUCGGAACCCUGUGCGCACUGGGAGGUUGUUUACCACACGGGACGUCCGAAGCUGCGCCAACCCAGGCACCUGGAUUAAAAGUGAAAAGGGCAAGAGGAGACAACCCAGACAUUCUCCCAGAACCUGAGCCAACCAACCCCACUUCAGACUUUGAAAAUUCAUACAACUACGUCUUGUCCAGACUUGCUGGUUUGGACCAGUCAAUCCACAAGCUCAAUGUGGGACAAUACACGCUGGAUGUCAAAGUCAACCAGCUGAUCGACCGCCUCACCAGGAUGGACGCUAAAGUAGUUGAGCUGGAAGACAAUAUUAGAGAAGUACAUCAACACAGCAAAGACAACCGCAAGGAGCUUGGGAGACUCGAAGGUUGUCAGAAGGGCCUUCGUGUUGGCUAUAAGUGCUACCUGGUCUACAACCGUAAGGAAGACUAUGCUGGGGCCUCCAGGAAGUGCCUUGAACGGGGCGGGCGGAUGGCCAUGCCUCGAGACCGGAGAGAGCAGGAGGCUCUGGCCGACUAUGUCAAGUCUUUCUUCCACCCUGGAAACUGGCCUGUGUGGUUGGGCAUCAACGACCUGCGCUCAGAGGGGACAUAUGUGUUUGAUGAUGGGACCGGAGUGUUUUAUUUCCAGUGGCGCAGGCACUUCCUGUCUAGCCAGCCUGAUGGAGGGAAGAGAGAGAACUGUGUGGCCAUGUCCUCGGACGAUGGAGACUGGUGGGACCACUACUGUGACCGCACCAUGAACUACCUGUGUGAGUUUGACGACAGGGUUGGACUCUGAAGUGGAAUCUUUAUAGAUGUCUAGAGGAUUUUAUAUGAAUCUGUAAAAUUAUCUAUCCUCACACAUCCAAUUUGUUAAAGGCAAACAGAAGAAUAUAUUGCUAAAGAUGACAUUGUUUUAUUGAUGAUAUUGUUGCAUAAUCCAAAUGUACAUAAAAUUUAACAGUUAUGUGAUGUCUUAAAUGUCUAUCAAAUGUCUAUCAGACA